AUGGCAUACGCUAAAACUUUCAAACGUAAUUACGCUGCCGUGGACAACCAAGGUGCUUCUAAUGACUAUCAGAUAGAUCUCGGUAAGAGAAAACAAGUUACCGUUAGAAAAUUUAAUAACAUUAACCUUGUGGAUAUAAGAGAAUAUUAUAUUGAUAAGUCUACUGGAGAAACAAAGCCAGGUAAAAAAGGUAUCUCACUUACCGAAGAUUCAUGGAAUCAGUUGAUUCAAAGUCAAAACAAGAUUCAAGCAGCAUUGGAUAAAUUGGCAGGGAGAUCCUCGCAAUCAACCUCUGCUCUUGAGGCUAUACCACUUAGCUCCAAGGACGCACCAUCUUUUAAGAAAUCCAAGACUUUGAAGGCUGCCGCUGGUGAAAAUGAUGAAGAUCAACCAAAAGCUGUUGCAAAGCCAAAGAAGACCAAGGCGAAAAAGCCUGAAAGUGAAAGCGAAAGUGACUUUGAUGAAGACAUUGAUGAUCUUGUAAAAGAAUUAGAAAGUGAUGAGGACUGA